CGUGAAGCGUCCUAAAAUGAUAUACAGGAAGAAGAAAGAAGUCUUGUAGCUGCGGGUACGGACGAAUUCAAUGACCUUAUCAAAGUAUGUUUAAGAAGAAGAAUCCGACCUCUGGUCGGCAUGGAGGUGCUAGCGGCGGCUCUCUUGGUGUGUGUUAUGGUGCAACGGCAGCGGGAGCGGGACUACAGCGACAUUCUGCCUGUCGGAAAUAUUACGCAGUGAUUUGGACGGUGAUUUGCACUACCUUGUCUGCUGUAGAGAGCCGUGAUGCGGAAACCGCCGGUCCCAAGAACAAAGGAAAAGAGGAACAAGCCUCCACGGUUGCAACACCUCCAGGAUGGACAACGUCUAGUACAACCGGGCACAAGCACUUUGUUGACCCCUUGCCACGGGUGUCGUUUCCAGUGCGCCCACUCCCGGGAUCCCUCGUCGAGCCCAUGCAGAUCCAAUUACGAACAAACAAAGGAGCAGGAGGCGGAUUCUCGUUUCGCAAAUCGGUGGAGCGUUUUGGGUGGGGUCCCGCGGAAAAGGACGACUCCCUCAGCAGCCGGCGCCGAAAGAUGCGGGAACAGAUUUUGGAGGAAGAGAUCGUUCCGCGCGAGAAUGCGCUGCCGGACCAGACGCGGCACCGGCCCGGUUUUGCGAACCUUCCCUUGCACCAGCGAAGUGUCCGCCGGGAGUUGGAGUGGAAUUGGUUGCUCUUUUACGACUACUUCUUCGAGACCGUCUUGACCACCCUCGCGCUCUUUUUCGCGGGUAUCCUCGCCUCCGCGUCGGGGAUCGGGGGCGGGGGAAUUUUCGUGGUGGUGCUGAUGUUUUGCAACGACAUGUCGCCGCACCAGGCGGUGCCGCUGUCCAAGGCGAUCAUUUUCGGGGGGGCCAUGCGCGUGAUCGUGGCCAGCUGUGGUCUGACGGUCGAGAAGCUCACCGGGUUUGUGCGGGAGUGCGGCCGGGUCUUCCUGGUUUCCUCGCCACACCCCGCUGCGCAAGGCCCGACGCACGGUCGCGGAAUCCCCGACGCCAUUGCCUUUGUGGAAUCCGUAUCAAAUGCAAAAAUGUCUGGGUCUGGAAGAUUGCGAGAUUUGUCAUGCAGUUUUUCCAAGCUCCCCCACGUCUGGAAUGCAGGGACUAGCAUCACAGGUUCUGCAGCUCCUUGGUGAUGCGUAUUCUGCAUGAGAAAUGCCCUCUCAGCAUGGCCAGAAGUGGAUACCUUUUGCACGUUAUGCAUCACAGAUCUCUGUAGGAUCUGAAAUACGCAUCACAAGUUCGGAUGCUUCCAGACCCAGACAUUUUUGCAUUUGAUAAUCCGAAGAAGAGUCGCCAUCGAAAAAAGAAGGAGGGAACACGAACAGCGUUUUCUCGCCCAUGCGAUCCCGAAACGCGAGUAAAGCAGGUACAUAGGAGUUCCGUCAGUGUCAGUUUUACCAGUAGAUUUGAAUUUCUGCGCUGCCACGUGCUGCAAAGAUAGGGUGUUUGUUAUGCGACCAAAACGACCCAUGAGGAUUUUUCGUGCUUUUGACUAUGAAGUCGUAUGCUAAAACUGCUGGCACAACAGCGUCCGGCCCGCUGAAACCGAGACCGGACAUGAACGUCGUGUGCGCAGUGGUACCCCAGGCGCUGGCUGGAACGGUAUUCGGAGUCUUGUUUAACGUCUCCGUGCACCCGUGCGUCUUGGUGGUUUGUCUAGCCAUCCUCUUGUCGCUGAUGGCGAUGAAAACGUUCUCGCAGGGUAUUGAAAAAUGGCGCGAGGGCGGAUCAUCCGCGCACGCGGCUACGUCUUUGGCAGGAGUUUCUCCAUCGUCAGAAGAAAAGGAGAAAAAGAUUCCGCUCGUGUCACCGGGAUCCGCGUCCGACGUGGAAAUAAACACGGACGUAGUUGAAGACAAGCAACGCGAUUUGGUUCUGAACCUUCACUCCUCUGACUCGUACACAACGAGUGGCUCAUCUUCCCAGAGCACGAAAUCGCCACGACUUGUCCCCGGAGCGAUGCCGUCGGCGUUCGGUGUAGACUUGACACAGCACUCCAAAAGUCCCACCAGCAAUUCUAGCAACACAGCAAGUCCAGUGCAUAGUAAUCUUCAAGGUAAGAACAACAUCGGGACAAUCAUGAACACGAAUAGUAUUAACCGCUCCGUCUGGCCGGACGAGGACGACGGGUCGCUCUACCUGCAGAAAGCUGCUACAAAGAGCGGGGAAAUAAGUACCAAACUGCGGCAGCACUUCUUUGCGGUGGUUCAGACACUGCUGCGCGACAAGCGGGACGAGACCCUGAUGGCCGUGCUGCUGGUAAUCACCAUUUUGGCCGGGUACCGGAGUCAUCUGUACCCACGUGGGUCCACAAUGUCCUACUUGUGGAUAUCGAUUCCGGUGGUUUGCUCACUCACCUGCACAGCCUAUUUCUACCGGAACCAGCUGUUCCGCCCUCCUGGCAGCAGCUCUGCUGCUCCCGAUAAUUUUUACAACGACCUGCACAUUAAUAUACCCCCCACAAGCAACAAGACCGGGUACUAUCAGAAGAAUAUCAACAAAACGGUGCACAUCCGAACCGACGCGAGAUCCUCCUCGAAUGGGAUCUCCACCUCUGCGAGCCCACGAAAAGUUAUGCCUAGUUGGCACUUCCCGGCCGUCGCGACCUUUGCGGGCAUCGGUAGCGGGUUGUUUGGGAUCGGUGGCGGGCUGAUCUUCUCGCCCUUCUUUCUGCACAUGGGAAUCGACCCCGCGACCGCGAUCGCCACCAGUGCCUCGUGCGUCGUUUUCACCUCCACGUCGACGACGUUCCAGUACAUGUUCCUGCACCGCAUCAUGAUGCCCUACGCGCUCUGGUACGGAACGGUUUCCUUCUUUUCCGCCAUCGUCGGAGCCAAGUUUCUGGCGUUCGUCCGGCAGCAGUUUGGCCCCCGGGGAGACGCGGCCACCAUUCUGGUGGUCGCGACGGCCGUGGUCUUGUCCGCGACGGCGGCGAUCAUCAAGGUGUUAGUCACCGAAUACUACACCGAAGGACCCGCCAGCAUCGCCACGGCCUCGUCCUUCCUGCUGCAGCAGGUACAACAAGACCGCGUCUUCGAAUCAAGCAGCGGCUUCGUAGCGAAGUACAUCUUCCUGCAAACGAAGUAAGACAGGGAUCAGCUACGAAUUUGCAGUAACGAAGAUAAAAAAGAAAAACUACAAGAAGCAAAGAUGGAACACGUGGUAAGCACGACUUAAGCUUAACGACUGCACCGCUUCAUGGAAAAGUCCGUCCAGAUUCGUAAAAGUACAAAAUCACUGACACUGUGACGCAGCUGUUGGCAACCUCCAAGCUCAAUGCUUCUAUUCCUAUAGUUGAAGCGUCGUAUGAUGUAGAUUGACGAAAAUAGCCAGCAGCUUUCUGGCGCAAAAUUAAAUUACGUACCUGUCGGCUGUGGCGGUCCCUAUCGCUGUCCUAGAGAAGCAGGGUGAAACUGGCAGCUGGAUCUUUCUCCCUGGAUCUGGGUAUCAAUAAUGGCCGCCGCAGCACCAUUCUCUGUACAUUGUAUUGAAUAUUAUUCGUUGUCGAUGCUUUAUUCACGUUCAAUUUCCCAAACUGAUUUUUAGAAUGUUGACGUCUCACUCGUUCGUAACCUAACGCUAAGGAAAAUUGCUUCGAAUUGCACUUUCGUAACCUUACGUUCUAAACACAUGCCCAUGCGAUUGUGCCUUUCGCUAUUGCAUAGGAUUGGUGUUGGUCUGUAUUCUUCUUGUUCUUGAGUAGAAUUUAUUUGCUGCUAUGUACUCAAUAUUGUCAUUGUGAAUGUUGGAAGACUGUCUUCUAUCUAAACAUGUAUGAUUUGUGCGAUAUUAUGAUCGAUGCCGAGUAUAAGAAAUGGAAAUUAGAAGCGGCACCAAGAGCAUGGACCGUUUGCGCUUUUCAGGUGCAUUGAGUGCAUGCGCCCCCCCCACAACCACGCGAGGGUUGUGGCUGUCGUAAUAUUCUAGGCCGUGUAUAGCUCUUGCUUGAAUUCUAAAAUGGUGACUGGAGCCGUCCUAUGUAUGAAACUGAAUGAGAG